CACAACCACAGCCACACAGCACCUAACCCUAGUCACUAACCAGUCACUACCAUCUCCAAUUUCUCCAAUUUCCCAAUUUUGAUCAAGACCCAGAUUCGUAAUUCCAUUUCUGAUCAAGACCCAGAUUCCCAAUUCUUCUAAAAUAGGAACUCACAGUAUCAAAAUUUUCAGUAACUGAUUUUUUAUAGUGACCCCCAGGAGUUCCAAGUCAACUAACUUUCUCACUGGUACUAUUUAUCUUUAAGGGGAAUCGGGAUGGAUUUCAGCUCAGGAGAGGAUUCAGAUAUUAGUGAAUCUGAAAUGGAUGAGUAUGAAGAUAGAACUUAUGAAAAAUUGAAGAAUGGGAAUCACAAUGUCAAAAUCUCAAAUGAGACAUUCACUUGCCUCUACUGCCCGAAGAAGAAAAAAUGAGAUUAUCUAUAAAAGAAGUGCAAAAGAGAAGGCUAAUCACCUUGCUUUGGUGAAAUAUUUGGAAAAGGAUUUAGCAAGUCCAUCAAAACCUGUGAACGAGAAUGAUCCUCCUGUUGGCUGUGACCACGAUGAGAAAUUAGUGUGGCCUUGGACAGGAAUUGUUGUUAACAUUCCAACUGAACGAACAGAGGAAGGGAGAUAUGUAGGAGAAAGUGGAUCGAAGCUGAGGGAUGAAUUGAAAAGUAGAGGGUUUAAUCCCACAAGGGUCCACCCUCUAUGGAAUUUUCGGGGUCAUUCAGGAAGUGCUGUUGUGGAAUUCUGCAAAGAUUGGCCAGGGUUACAUAAUGCCAUGUCAUUUGAGAGGGCUUAUGAGGCAGAUCAUCAUGGGAAAAAGGACUGGUUAGCUAAUAAUGACACCAAAUCUGGUCUUUAUGCUUGGGUUGCCCGUGCAGAUGACUAUAAUUCAACUGGAAUUAUUGGGGAUCACCUACAACAGAUUGGAGAUGUUAGGACAAUUUCUGACAUUAUGGAGGAAGAAGCACAGAAGCAGGGUAAACUUGUGUCUACUGUGAAAAACGUCAUUGACGUCAAGAACAAGUGUUUGAAAGAAAUGGAGGAAAGAUGUACUCAAACAACAGUAUCCCUUAGCAACAUAAUAGAAGAGAAAGAUAAGCUCCUUGAAGCCUAUAAUGAAGAGAUUAAAAAGAUAAAACUGAGUGCGAGUGAUCUCUACCACCGUGGGGUAGAAUUGGAAAAGCGCGAGGCACAGAACGAGAGCGAAAGCAAAAAGCUCGCUGAAGAGAUUGAAAAGAAUGCUAUAAGAAAUAGUUCUUUGCAAUUGGCCUCAUUGGAGCAAGAAAAGGCUGAUGUGAAUGUAUUGAAACUAGCUGAAGAUCAGAAGAGGCAAAAGGAGGAACUCCAUAAAAGAAUAAUUCAAUUAGAAAAGCAACUGGAUGCAAAACAAGAACUGGAAUUGGAAAUUGAGAGAUUGAGAGGGUCAUUAAAUGUCAUGAAGCACAUGGGAGACAAUGGAGAUGUGGAAAUUGUGGAAAAAGUGGAUACAAUACUCAAACAGUUGCGAGAAAAAGAAGGAGAACUUGAAGAUUUAGAAGCUUUGAACCAAACAUUAAUAGUGAAGGAGCGCAAGAGCAAUGAUGAGCUACAAGAAGCUCAAAAUGAAUUAGUUAAUGACUUGAAAGACUUAGCUAGCCGUGCUCAUAUUGGCGUUAAGAGAGUGGGAGAACUUGACAGUAAACCAUUCCAUGAAGCAAUGCGAAGAAAGUAUAAUGAGGAAGAAGCAGAAGACAGAGCUUCAGAGCUAUGCUCAUUGUGGGAGGAAUAUCUGAAGGACCCUGACUGGCAUCCUUUGAAAGUUAUUACAGUUGUUGGGAACCAUCAGCAAGUUAUAGAUGAAGAACAUGAGAAAUUGAAUGAUCGGAGGAAAGAAUUGGGUGAUGAAGUUUACAAUGCUGUGACAGCAGCUUUAAUGGAGAUAAAUGAAUACAAUCCUAGUGGGCGGUAAAUAAUAUCAGAAUUGUGGAACUAUCCAGAGGGAAGAAGAGCUACACUUGAAGAGGGGGUCAUGUUUAUAUUGAAGCAAUGGAAAGU